AACAGCAGGUAAACAUCAUUCACAGACCACAGGCUCCAACUGAAUACACUAAUGCUAAAACUCUGGACUUAUUCCAAACAUCUCCUGUAUCUUGUCGUUUUUGUACGAGAGAAAAGAUGAACAGAAUGUUUUCCUGUGUGAUCUUUGCUCUGCUCACUGCCUCCAUCCUGGCUGAUAUGUCCCCAUACUCGUACUCUCCCUUUAGAGGCUCGACCCUCGGCGAGGAGACGACUCUGAGAGGAAGAGGCCGAAUCACAGCGAUCCGGAUGUGGUCCGGGUACAACAGCUUCAUCUUCGGCAUACAGUUCCGGUUCGGACCCAUCUGGUCCAGAACUGUGGGUAGCAAAGUCGGUGCGCUCCAAGAGAUUCAGCUGUUUGAGGGUGAAUAUAUCAUCCAGGUUUCAGGGAAGUACGGCCGUUACAUCCAGCAGCUGAUCUUCGUCACCAGCAGAGGGCGUUUCCUGAUCGCCGGCCAGCCCACCUUCCAGUCCUUCAACAUGUUCCCGGAACACAAAGACGCCGAGCUGAUCUUCAUCGGCGUCCGGUUCCAAAGAGCGCUGACCGCCAUCGCCGCCCACUGGGCCGUCGUCAACCAAACCACCUGGUGACCGGAGAGGAGCCCAGACCAUUUCACCAUCCAGACUACCCUUAAAGCUCCAUGAUAAGUGGUUUGAAAGCACAUAUCUGACAUCAUCACACUGGACUCAUGCAGUAGAAUGAAGAGAUACUCUGACAAACAUGAACCUUUUAACUGAGAGAAACCUGCAUCUCAGGUCUGUUUCUGUGGAACUUUGGCUUGAUUUGUUCUUCAUGUUACUCUUAAAUUUGCACAAAUCGUCACGUGUUGGCCCUCAGAAAUGUACAAAGUAAAACAUUUAAUUAAAAACUGCCUUAUUUGCA